AUGUAAACAGUUUGGACCCUAAUACAUCCAACAAGGAUCAGUGUAUAGAAGACAAUCAAGAAUUUAUUGCCAUCUGGUUAAGAAUUUUUUGGUACUGUAAUUAGAGACAGUAGAAACAAAUCAUGCAGAGUAAAAGUAAGCUACAAAUAUUGGCAUAAAAAAUAUAAGUCAUACUUUGGUGAUACAUCUGAAUUCAUAGCACAUGAUGAAGACAAUUUUUGUAAGGUAGGCGAUAAGGUAGUCAUCAAACAUUGUUAAAAAACAGGUGGCAAGUAUUACUAUGUGAGAAAUGUGGUCAUUCCAGUGGGCAGGAAUCCAUCUGAUGAGUAAGACGAAGUUAUGAAAGAGCUCUAAAAUAUAAGAACACAAUUGGUUCAAUAAGGCUUGUGAUUUAUUAUUCAUACAUAAAAUAUUUACAAAUAAUUAUAAAA